AUGUUUUUGAAAGGCUUCAUUUAUUCAUUUUCUGAUCAGUCUGCUUUCUUUCUUUCUUUUUUCUUUCUUUUUUCUUUCUUUCUUUCUUUCUUUAUUCAUUUAUUUAUUUCCGGUUAUAUUUUAUUUAUCUAUCUAUCUAAACGGCCAACUAUCUAUUUGAAAAGCAACUAUCGUUCGUUCAUCUAUCUAUCUAUGUUCAAACCACGUCAAGCGAAUUUUUCAAUAAAUCUAUCUAUCUAUCUAUCUAUCUAUCUAUCUAUCUAUCUAUCUAUCUAUCUAUCUAUCUAUUUUUUUCCUUUAUCGAUUUAUCUCUUCACUCCUUCCUUAUUUUUAUUUUUCCAUCGUUACUUCAUUUUGCUUUUUAUUUCUAUUCGUUCUUGUUUUCAUUUUUUAACUUUUCUUUCUUUCUUUCUUUCUUUCUUUCUUUCUUUCUUUCUUUCUUUCUUUCUUUCUUUCUUUCUUUCUUUCUUUUCCACUUUGGUUCUUCCUUUUCUUUUCUUUACACAAUGGAUAUGCAUUUGCACUGUUUCUAUCUAUCUAUCUAUCUAUCUAUCUAUCUAUCUAUGUUCAUAUUUUUUGUCUAUCUUACUUUAUUAA